AAUACUCUUUGGAUAAGUCUAUGAGUGUACAUAUUCUGUCAAGUAAAAUCAACAUUAACUAUUUUAUAUGCAUUAAAAGCUAUUAAAAAUGGGUGGAAAAGCAGAAAAGGGCACUCCUAAAUACAUAGCAAAUAAGAUUAAAGCUAAAGGCUUACAAAAAUUGAGAUGGUAUUGUUAGAUGUGCAGUGAACAGUGUCGUGAUGAGAACGGUUUUAAAUGCCACACAAUGUCUGAAUCACAUCAGCGGCAGCUUUUGCUGUUUGCUGACAACGCUUCGAAAUACAUAGACCAGUUCUCCAAGGAAUUUUCCGAUGGCUACUUGGAGCUACUACGUCGUCAGUUCGGCACAAAACGGGUGAAUGCCAACAAAGUGUACCAAGACUAUAUCUCUAACAGGGACCAUCUCCACAUGAAUGCAACACAGUGGGAAACCCUGACUGACUUUGUCAAGUGGUUAGGGAGAGAAGGUAAAUGUGUUGUGGAUGAAACAGAGAAGGGGUGGUUUGUUGCGUAUAUAGAUAGGGACCCAGCGGGGAUCGCUGCACAGGAGGCCAAAGCAAAGAAGGAGAAGAUGGAUAAGGAUGACCAGGAAAGAAUGUUAGAAUUCAUACAGAAACAAGUGGAGAAAGGGAAGAAGGAGUUCAAGGCUGAGGAGCCCUCGUACACAGAACUAAAACGAGAGAACAGCCAAGAGAAACUCACACUCAACAUUAAUUUGAAGAGGAAAACCGAAGAGAAAGCUGAAAGCCUCCCAAAAUCAGUACUGCAAGCAUCGAAAAUUAAAGAAGAAUCUACCAGCAAGAAGAAGAGGACAGAAGAAUGUAAAAGCAAGCAGUCGGCUCUAGAUGAGAUUAUGCAAAUGCAGGAAAGAGCGAAAGAGAAAGCAAAUAGAAAGGACUACUGGCUGACUGAAGGUAUUGUUGUAAAAAUCGUCACAAAGUCCCUCGGCGACAAGUUUGACAAGAGGAAGGCGGUCGUCGAACGUCUCAUUGACAAAUACGCGGCACACGUCAAACUUACAGAUGACAAUGUCAAACUGAAACUUGAUCAGAACCAUGUGGAAACAGUGAUACCUUCACCCGGGCGUGUGGUGAGGUUUGUGAACGGGGCGUACAGAGGAGAGACUGGAGUGCUGAGGGAUAUUGACACCGACUACUACUGUUGCGACGUCGAGGUAGGAAGUCAUACAUAUUAUAUGUUUAAUUAUCAUCAUCAUCAUUACAGCCCUUCACAAGUCCACUGCUGAACAUAGGCCUCCCCCAAGGAAUGCCACAAAGCACGGUCCUGAGCCUUCCUGCAUGUCUUACCAGGUCGUACUCCAUCUAGUGGGGGGCCUCCCUACACUUCGUGCGUUGGUAUAAGGCCGCCACUCCUUUUUUCCCCAUCGGUUGUCGGUUCUUCGAGCUAUAUGGCCGGCCCAUUGCCACUUCAGCAUACUAAUCCGGUUACUGUGGUUCUACUGCGGAUAUCCUCAUUUCUAAGUUUAUCACGCAGAGAAACUCUGAGCAUAGCCCUCUCCAUAGCUCGCUGAGCGAUCUUGAGCUUCCUCAUCCGGCCAGCAGUGAAGGACCACGUCUCAGUUCCAUAGGUCAUCACAGGCAGCACGAACUGGUUGUACAAUCUCGUGAACCGGAAACAGUUGGACCCGGUAGGUGGCGCUGUUGCUGAGACCCAAAAAUCAUCCGUACGAAGCCGGAGCGAAUAGAUAUUGUUAUAUAUUUUAUUCAAUAUGGUUAAUUUUAUUUAUUUAAUAAUUUGUACUUAAAAAAAAAGUUAUAAUUAUAAACCAUCUUUAAAGCACCACACAAAGAGGAGACCCAGAUAAAUAGGCAACACUGUAUACUGUAUUCUAUCUCAUUCUCUCGUAGGCUAAAUUCUAUAGAUAUAUAUGUUUGUCUCUGUCUAGUGUCCCUUUUUCGUUUUAUCGACUUUGAAAUCACACAACUAUACU